UUCACUGGGAGCUCGCAGUGCGUAUGUAGUGAGUGUGAGAGAUAAUUCAACAGGAGGCCACGGAAGGCUAAGUGUCAACGCGUGAAUGAUCAAUAUAUUUAGUGACGAGAAUUCUACACGUAAGCCUACACCGUGAUAGCACGAGUAAGUCAAAAUGACGCGAAAGGAUGCGCCGACAUUUACCGAACAAUUAUUCUUCCAACGACAGUUUGAAGUUUCUGCUCGACAAAUCUCCGAAUGCUGCUUGAUAUAAACUCGAAGCAGAUCAAGUCUACGACAGCAUAGGAAAUUGCGACAUGUCUCCGACGGUGACUCUGACAUCAAUCAACGCCGACACGAGCGCUGCAGACCUACUAUCGUCUGCCGCUACCGUGCUGCAACCUGGCGGCGUAAACUGCAACAACAUCACGGAGUUGAUCAACGCCAUCUGUUGCGGGGAAACGAAACAAACCGACGACGAUAUGUCGGCGUUCACUUACAUCGUCAUCGUCAUACUCUUCUACGCGCUCAGCAUCAUUAUAUUGAUGGUGAAGUACAUACGCCAGGAAGAGGACAAUGCCCGACUCGAGUGGUACUACGACGAGUUCGUAAACCGGGAGCAUUUCCGCUCGGGCAACCCAGCGCUCUGGCAGAAGCGCCGUGACUCGAGUCACUGCUACUUCUUCAGCGAGCCGCCAUCGACCGUGCAACCGACGCGUGUGCAUUCGGAGCUCUCGCGAGAUAGCGCGAGACUGCCAGUAGUAAGAACGACAGCAGUGUGAUAUAUUCUUGCCACGCGCUCGUUUUGAAACUACCACCGGUUAUACGGAGUUAUCGCUUAUACUUAUAUAAGAGUAGCGAGUAACAAAAUACAUCAGAGAGUUCAUAAACGCUACAAAAUGCGCUCUAGAAAUUGGGCUAUGAAUUUACAUAAAUUUAUUGGUGCGAAUAUGAAGAGCUAGCUCGAUAAUUUGCGCCUUUCAGAAUUUUGAGAUAUUGCAAUUUCCAUAGAACAUCAGGGAUGGUUCGCAAAAGAAACAUUUAAUAAUAACUUCACAGUUUAAUCAUAACAGUUGAAAGUUGAUAACAUUCAUAGAGUUGGGCGAGAAUUCAAUUUGUUGCGUGCCCAACUUUUGAGAUCCAUAACUGCGUUGUUAUAUUUAAUGAUGUAGAGCAUGUCAUGUGCAAGCUACGCAUCCAUCCAUCCACCCACCCACCCAUCGACCCACCCAUCCAUCCAUCCAUCCAUCCAUCCAUCGAAACCGUAUAUUCCUAUGACUUCGUCGAGCGAUUUCAGGGGCCCGUUGUCAGAAACAUCACAAAUACUUGUGACUAAUAUAAGUUUUAAAGUAGUUAAAUAAUAAAGAAAUUUUUACUAAUAUAAGUAUAAAAUGUCGUAAAAUGUUUUCGCACGUAAACUGGUGCGCAAAAGCUAUGAUAUUUUACAUUUAUGAUGUCAUACCUAUGUAUAUAACCUGUUUCUGACAACAGCCCUUUGGUCUGUAUACAUGUCACACAUCUGUCCUCACGUCAUACAUCUAGAAUAGAAACAUAUUACUUUUUCAGGUAUUUGAAGCUGGUACUUCAAAUCAUAAUUAGUAAGACACUAGUGUAAUUAUUAGUAUUUAUCAACUAGCUUAAUUGCUCGUCGGCGAAAAGCCGCUCAAGAUGUCUUCAAAACAUUAGAAAAUUGAUGAUACCAGGAGUGAAUCAUUACGGUGGCCCAUACGAACAAAACACAAGCACGCAAGCACGCAUGUACGCAAACACAAGUACGCGAACAAACAGCAAGUUGAAAAACGG